UGUGACUCGGAGUAACGGGCCUGCCAUAGUGGCAACAGCUGACGGGGACGCGCCCCCGUUGCAGGUUGUCUCUCAGAUGUACGACGCUAUGCCCAGAAAGAGGGGACUCAUGGGCUGGCUCUGGACUCUUAGCGGACACCGGAGAGAACCGCAUGCGAAGGCAGACCCUGGUGGAGAGAUGCAGGUUAUGCUUCCCAACCAAGGCAAUGAGAGAGUUAACUCAGGAGAGGUGUGCCUUUUAGCUGAAAGCCCUUACAGGAUACUGAGGGCGGCUGAAAGCGGAAAUGUGGAGGACUUCAUGCGGUUAUAUCUAAUGGACACUUCAAGGCUCUCGGUGAAAGAUGCCCGUGGCAGAACAGCGGCACACCAAGCGGCGGCGCGGAAUAACACUAACAUACUGCACUUCAUAAAGAACUAUGGUGGAGAUUUAAACGUAGCGGACCUUGCUGGCAACACACCACUACACAUAGCCGUCGAAAAUGAAUCUUUGGACGCAAUAGAAUUUCUUCUUCAACAGAAUGUAAUCACGAGCGCUUUGAACGAGAAAAAUCAAGCACCCAUACAUCUAGCCACGGAACUUAACAAGGUAUCGGUACUACAAGUAUUUGCGAAGUACAAAAGCCAGUUCAAAGUGGACCUUGGAGGAGAGCACGGACGUACUGCGUUACAUUUUGCUGCCAUUCACGAUCACGACAUUUGUGCUCGAAUAUUGAUCACAGAUUUUGGCGCACAAUGUAAGCGCCCGUGCAACAACGGCUACUAUCCAAUACACGAAGCCGCUAAGAACGCGUCGUCUAGAACUAUGGAGGUCUUUCUUCAAUGGGGUGAAUCUAAGGGUUGCACUCGUGAGCAAAUGAUAUCCCUCUAUGACAACGAAGGCAAUGUCCCUCUCCAUUCCGCCGUACAUGGAGGAGAUAUCAGGGCCGUGGAAUUGUGUUUAAGAUCAGGAGCAAAGAUUUCUACCCAGCAGCACGAUUUUUCUACUCCCGUCCAUCUGGCCUGUUCACAGGGUGCUCUUGAAAUCGUCAAGCUAAUGUUCAACAUGCAACCUGAUGAAAAGAUGGCUUGUCUCACAUCUUGCGAUGUACAGCGAAUGACGCCGCUACACUGUGCUGCAAUGUUCGACCACCCUGACAUUGUUAGCUAUUUGAUAGCCGAAGGUUCCGACAUUAAUCCUUUGGAUAAGGAAAGAAGGUCGCCGUUGUUGUUGGCUGCCUCAAGGGCUGGAUGGAGGACUGUUCACACUCUGAUAAGUCUCGGCGCAGAUGUGGAAUUGAAGGAUACAAACGACAGAAAUGUAUUACAUCUUAUUGUAAUGAAUGGUGGACGACUGGAAGAUUUUGCUGCAACUUGCAGGAAACGCUGUGAAGAAAGUCUGGUACAUCUUCUAAAUGAGAAAGACAACAAAGGCUGCUCGCCACUACAUUAUGCCAGUCGAGAAGGCCACAUCAGGUCCUUGGAAAGUCUAAUUAAACUCGGUGCUUGCAUAAAUCUGAAGAACAAUAACAACGAGAGCCCUUUGCAUUUUGCUGCCAGAUAUGGACGUUACCACAUUGCCAACCAACUACUAGACUCUGAUAAAGGCACCUUCAUAAUAAACGAGAGUGACGGCGAGGGCCUCACUCCACUGCACAUUGCCUCCCGAGAAGGGCAUACAAGAGUGGUUCAACUUUUGCUGAACCGCGGGGCUUUACUACACAGAGACCAUAAUGGGCGCAACCCUCUACACCUAGCUGCAAUGAGCGGAUACGUUCAAACUAUUGAACUAUUGCACUCUGUUCAUUCGCAUUUACUGGACCAAGCAGACAAAGAUGGGAACACCCCUUUGCAUUUGGCUACGAUGGAAAACAGGCCUAAUUCCAUAUCACUGCUGCUAUCUAUGGGGUGUCGCCUUAGUUACAAUAAGUUAGACAUGAGCGCGAUUGACUACGCCAUCUAUUACAAGUUCCCUGACGCUGCACUUGCUAUGGUUACCCAUGAAAACAGAGCCAAGGAAGUAAUGGCACUCCGUUCCGACCGACAUCCAUGCGUGACGCUCGCUCUGAUCGCUUAUAUGCCGAGGGUGUUCGAAGCGGUACAGGACAAGUGUAUCACUAAAGCUAAUUGCAAAAAAGAUUCAAAGAGUUUCUACAUCAAGUACAGCUUCGAUGCCCUUUGCCCACAACCAUUAGAUGACGAAGGCAACAGGAAGCCAGAGAGUGUUUUGAAAUCUCAAAAAAUACCCUUACCAGCCUUGAACGCUAUGGUUGCCCAUGGUCGUGUCCAACUACUAGCCCAUCCACUGAGUCAAAAGUACCUGCAAAUGAAAUGGAAUUCGUACGGGAAAUAUUUCCAUCUAGCGAACCUUCUUUUCUAUUGUAUUUUCCUGACUUUUGUUACGCUUUAUGCGUACUUAUUGAUGAUGAAGCCGUACACAGUAUCGAAAAUCGGAAAAGAUGCUGUAGCGAAUUCAACUAAUUCUUCAUCGCAAAAUACUGACAAAAAAGCAGAAUUUGAAACUAGGAUUGCCUUAUACACAAGCACGGUGGCGAUUCUCAUCUACAACUUUAUUGGAUUGGUUAGAGAAAUGUGCAAUAUAAAGGAGCAAAAAUGCCAUUAUAUAAUGGACCCUUCAAAUUUCGUCUCGUGGAUGCUGUAUAUUAGCUCAGUGCUCAUGGUCGUACCAUCGAUAUAUCCAAUUUAUGAAGAUAUCCAGUUCUCAGCGGCAUCAAUAACAGUGUUUCUGUCUUGGUUCAACUUGCUCCUGCUGCUACAGCGCUUCGACCAAGUUGGAAUUUACGUCGUCAUGUUCCUGGAAAUUUUGCAGACCUUAAUCAAAGUUCUGAUGGUGUUCUCCAUCCUGAUCAUCGCGUUUGGGCUGUCUUUCUACGUUCUUUUGUCCAAAGGGGAGCAUUUAUCUUUCAGCAGCAUCCCGAUGUCAUUGAUGCGUACUUUUGCAAUGAUGUUGGGAGAAAUCGACUUCGUUGGCACCUACGUGCAGCCUUACUACAAGUCCGAGUCAGAUAUUGUACUGCCAUUUCCCAUGCCAACGUUUCUGAUUCUUGGUUUAUUCAUGGUAUUCAUGCCAAUUUUGCUGAUGAACCUGCUCAUAGGUUUAGCUGUCGGUGACAUUGAGAGUGUUAGGAGAAACGCCCAAUUAAAGCGUUUGGCUAUGCAAGUGGUUCUGCACACGGAACUAGAGCGAAAACUACCUGCGUUUUUAUUAGAAAAAGUGGAUAAGGAUGAACUGAUUGAAUACCCAAACAACAAGAAAUGCAAACUUGGUUUCCUGGAUUUGAUUCUACGUAAAUGGUUCUGCAAUCCAUUCACAGAUGACGGAGCUGGCCUUGAUCUUGUCCUGGAAAGCGGAGAUGACGUUAUAAUGAGAGAAAUUGACAAAAUUAAGCGACGUACUAGAGAAACGACGCGGACUCUGGACCAAACACAUCACCUUGUGCGCCUAAUUGUGCAAAAAAUGGAAAUCAAAACGGAAGCAGACGAUGUUGACGAAGGGGUUUCCCCGGCUGACACCCGUACUGUGCCACGCUGGAACUCGCCUCGUAUCCGCAAAAAGUUGAGAGCCGCGUCUUCUUUUAACAAGGGCGGUUGAUUCAGCUAAGAUUCACCUCACUCAUAUCACUAAUGGUCCGAGUACUUGAAGUGUUUACUUUUAUAAGUUAAUUAGCGAAACGUGAGCGUUGAUGCGUAAAUCAUUUAUUUUGUACUAAA